AUGGCCGCAGGGGGUCCGUACGUGCAGGGUGCCUGGGUGUGGAUCCCUGAUUGUGCUGAAGUCUGGAAGGUGGCAGAGAUAACCAGAGGCUACAAGGAAGGAGAUGCCAUUCUCCAUCUCCGGCUGGAAGAUGGCUCGGCACUUGCCUACCCCAUCGAGUCCCAGCUACCACCUCUCUGCAACCCCGAGUGCCUCUCAGGUGCUGAUGAUCUGGUGGCCCUGAGUUACCUGCAUGAGCCCGCCGUGCUCCACUCGCUCCGAUGCCGAUUUCUGGAGGCCAAAGCCAUCUACACCUACUGUGGUAUCAUCCUCAUCGCUAUCAACCCCUACGAGCCAUUGCCCAUCUAUGAGGAGGAGGUGAUCCAUGCCUACAGCGGCCGUGAAAUGGGGGACAUGGAUCCCCACAUCUUUGCCUUGGCAGAGGAGGCCUACAAGCAGAUGGUGAGGUUUGGGAAGAACCAGUCCCUCAUCAUCAGUGGUGAGUCAGGCGCAGGGAAGACUGCGACAGCCAAGUAUGCCAUGAGGUACUUCACCACUGUUGGGGGCUGCCUGGGCAACUCCAGCAUAGAGGAGAAGGUGCUGGCUUCCAACCCUGUCAUGGAGGCCUUUGGGAAUGCAAAGACCACCAGGAAUGACAACAGCAGCCGCUUUGGGAAGUACAUAGAGAUUGGCUUCAGCCAUUCAUGUGUCACUGGGGCCACCAUCAAAACCUACCUGCUGGAGAAGUCCCGUGUCACCUUCCAGGCAAAAGCAGAGAGGAACUACCACAUCUUCUACCAGCUCUGUGCCUCAGCUGCCCUGCCUGAGCUCCGGGGCCUGGGUCUCUGUGGGGCAGAAUUCUUCCACUACACCCGUCAGGGUCAGUGCACUGCUGCCCACAGUACUGAGGAUGAGGCUGACCUGGACAGCACCCGCCAUGCCUGCUCACUCCUGGGGGUCCCUGAGGCUGAGCAGCUGGAACUCUUCAGCAUCCUGGCUGCCAUCCUGCACCUGGGCAAUGUUGUGGUCAGAGGGAGGGACCGUCGUGGUGACAGCUGCUUUGUGGAGGCUGCUGAUGAGGCCCUAGGGCUGUUCUGCACGUUGCUGGGGGUUGAGGCCUUACAGGUGACACGCUGGCUCUGUCACCGCAAGCUGGUCACUGCUGGGGAGACCUUCCUGAAGCCCCUGUCCAGGCAGCAGGCACUUGAAUCCCGGGAUGCGCUGGCCAAGUACAUGUACGGGCAGGUCUUCAGGUGGAUGGUGAGCAAGGUCAACCGUGCCCUGCGGUCACUGGAGGGACACUGUACCUCCAUUGGCAUCCUGGACAUCUAUGGGUUUGAGAUGUUUGAGCUCAACAGCUUCGAGCAGUUCUGCAUCAAUUAUGCUAAUGAGAAGCUGCAGCAGCUUUUCAACCUGCAUGUCUUCAAGUGGGAGCAGGAGGAGUAUGUGACUGAGGAGAUCCCUUGGGUCUUUGUUGACUUCUGUGACAAUCAGCCAUGCAUUGAGCUCAUUGAGGGUCGGCUUGGCAUCCUGGACCUGCUGAAUGAGGAGUGCAAGAUGCCCCAAGGCAAUGAUGGGAGCUGGGCCCAGAAGCUUUACCAGACCCAUCUCACCAGCUCCCACUUCCAGAAGCCCAAGAGGCCCAUGGAUGCUUUCAUUGUCUGCCACUUUGCUGGCAAGGUGGAGUACCAGUGUGAUGGGUUUGUGGAGAAGAACAGAGAUGCUGUCCCUGAGGAGCUGGUGGGGCUGCUGAGAGCCAGCAAGAAGUCUGCCCUGCUCAUGGAGCUUUUCCUGGAGGAAGGCUCUGGCCCCACAUCCUUGCAGUCCCGCAGGUCCAGCGGGCACUGGGUCCCCGCUCGUCCCAGCCGCAGGUCGCUGCCGGGGAGCCAGAAGAGCAAGAAGUCCAUCUCCAGCCAGUUCAAAACCUCCCUGCACCGUCUGAUGGAGACGUUGGGCAGCACCACCCCCCACUACAUCCGCUGCAUCAAACCCAAUGAUGCCAAACUGCCCUUCAUGUUUGACUCCAGGAGAGCAGUGGAGCAGCUACGAGCCUGCGGGGUCCUGGAGACCAUCCGGAUCAGUGCCUCAGGAUACCCUUCCAGGUGGACAUAUCAGGAGUUCUUGGAGAGGUAUAGGGCUUUGCUGAGCAGAGAGGAGCUGAUGGGAACUGAUGAGAAGCAAAUCUGCAGCCUUGCCCUUGAGAGACUGCUCCAAGAUCCCAGCAAGUACCGGUGUGGGAAGAGCAAGGUGUUUUUCCAGGCUGGCCAAGUGGCUCACCUGGAAGCACUGCAGUGCCAGCAGCUGAGGGCAGCCUGCACCUUGCUGCAGAGGCAUCUGCGGGGGUGGCUGGCACGAAGGCACCUGGGACGGGCACGGGCAGCAGCUAUCUGCCUGCAACGCCAUGCCCGGGGCAUGUUGGCCCGGAGCUUUGUCAGGAUGCUGCGCAGGACCAGGGCUGCUGUGGUGCUGCAGAAGGCUCUGAGGAUGGCUCUGGCCCGGCGCUCCUACCUACGGCUGCUCCAGGCUGUCAUCACCAUCCAAGCCUUCACCCGGGGCAUGUUUGCCCGGCGCCUUCACCAACAGAUGGUGUGGCAGCAGAAAGCUGUGGUGAUCCAGGCUGCUGUCAGGGGCUGGCUGGCCCGGUCCCACUAUGCCCGGCUGCGUAGGGCCAUCAUCCUCCUGCAGAGCUGCUACCGCCGGCUGCGGGCACACCGGGAGCUGCAGCGGCUGCGGGUCCAGGCCCGCUCAGUGGAGCACUACAAGCAGCUGCACAAGGGUCUGGAGAUCAAGGUGAUCCAGCUGCAGUGCAGGCUGGAUGAGCAGGCCCAGGAGAAGCAGAGGUUGUUGGAGCAGCUCUCAGGGCUGAAUGCUGCCCAUGCUGAGGAGGUGCAGCACCUGCGGGAUGAGAUGCAGCAGCUGCGGGAGGACGUGGCCCGUGAGGCCCAGGUGCAGAAGCUGCAGGAGCAACUGGCUGAGCUGGAGAGGCAGCAUGCAAAGAGCUACCUGGCCCAGGAGGUGGAGGAGCUCAGGCAGCGCUUGGCAGAAGUGGAAGGCAUGAAGCUGCAGCUGGGGAAGGAGAGGGAUGCUCUGAUCCAGCGCACCUUGGAGCAGUCGCAGGAUCUCGAAGAGCAGCACCAGCGUUCAGCACGGGAGAGCCAGGGGCUGAGGCAGGAGCUGGAGGAGGAGCGGGUGCGUUACCAGAGCCUGGUGCAGGAGUACGCGCGCCUGGAGCAGGGCUACGAGAACCUGCAGGAUGAGCUGGCCCUCCACAGGCAAAGCACCUUGAGACGGUCCCCUUCAACAGAGAGCUUCAUGGGCUCUGAGAGCAGCUACUUGUCCUCCAUGUCCACAGCUCCCUCCCGAGAUGGCUCCGACAAGCAGGCAGAGGCUAGUGGUGACACUGGUGGGGCGGGGAUGACAAGAGAACUGUCCCUUCCCCUGUCUGUGGGGACAGCUCCCCAGCCCAGCAGUGAGGUGCUGCUGAAUGGCGGUGUGGGCCAGGAUCCCUUUGGGAAGGCGUACCUACUCCUCCUGGGACAGCUCAGUGCUGCCAACGAGGAGCUGGCCCGGACCCGAGAGGAGCUGAGGAGAUCCAAGGAAACAGUGGAAAGGGAGGAGAGGAAACCCUUGGACUUCCUCAAGCGCAGGAACAUUGUUGAGAUGCUGGGGCUGGGCAGGAGCCCGGGGAAGGUGUCAGCAGAGGAGGACUUGAAGCAUGCCUAUGAUGCUGUGCAGGUUGCCAACAGGCUGCUGGCCAGUCAGCUGCGGGAGGAGAAGCAGCAGCAUGAGGAGGAGGUAGAAGGGCUGCAACUCGACAUUCGCUCCCUCAAGCAGCUGAACCAGCAGCAGGCAGCCCUCAUCCAGGACCUACAGCGGCAGCAGGGGCAAGAGGGGCUGCAGCACCAUGUCCUGCAGCUCAAGGAGGAGAACUGGGAGCUGGCCCAGAAGCUGGAAAAGCAGGAGAGGACCACACUGAAGCUCCAGAAGCAGCUGAGAGCCUAUGCAAAGCAGAUCCAGGAACUCACAGCAGUCAAGAGAGAUGCUGUUGGGCCAGUGCAAGAGCUGGCAGCAGCAUCCCCUAUGGUCCAGUCCCUGGCUGGGCUGUCCCAGGCUAUGCUGGCAUGGAGGAUGGAGGAUGAAGGGCGCAUUAUCAAGGCCAUCAUCACAGACUACAAACCACAAGGCAGUCCCUGGUCCCUCCCAGACCUGCCAGCCUACAUCCUCUUCCUGUGCUUCCGUCAUGCAGACCACUGCUGUGAUGGGCGCCGGGCUCGCUCCCUCCUGGAUGCAGCCAUGGAUGCCAUCAAAAGGGUCAUGAAGAAGCACAGUGACAACUUUGAUGUGGUGGCACUCUGGCUGGCCAACACCUGCCGGCUCCUCAACUGCCUGCGCCAGUACGGCCAGGAUGAGAGCUACGGGCAGGGGAACACGGCACGGCAGAACCAGCAUCGCCUGCAGAACCUGGACCCCCAGAGCUCCUGCUGCAGCCUGGGUGCCCUGGCGGUCCAGCUCUACCAGCAGCUCAUCUGCACUGCUGAGAAGCGCCUCAAACCCAUGAUUGUUGCUGCCAUGCUGGAGAGUGAGCCCAUCCAGGGCUUGUCCUCCUCCUGCCCUCCCGGCCCCCACCGCUCCUUGGCAGCCUCUGCUCACACUCUGCCCGAGCUGCUGCAGGUGCUGGGCUCCUUCCGUGCAUCCCUGGAUCACCACGGGCUGGCCCCCAGCGUGGGGCACCAGGCCCUGCGCCAGCUCCUCUUCCUCGUCAGUGGCACCACCCUCAACUACCUGCUGCUGAGAAAGGACACUUGCUCCUGGAGCUGUGGCAUCCAGCUCAGGUACAACAUCAGCCAGCUGGAGCAGUGGCUGCGGGCAGAGGGGCUGCAGCAGAGUGGGGCCUGUGAGGUGCUGGAGCCCCUGGUCCAGGCUGCCCAACUGCUGCAGGUGAAGAAGGUGACAGAGGAGGAUGCUGGAGCACUCUGCAGUCUGUGCACUGUGCUGUCACCCCAACAGGUUGUGAAGAUCCUCCGGGCUUACACCCCAGCUGCUGGGCUGGAGGAACGCAUCAGCCCCAGCUUCAUCAGCAGGGUGGAGAAGCAGCUCCAGGAGCAGUAUGGAGAGGGCCCCAGUCAGCUGCUGGUGGACACCAGCCACCUCUUCCCUGUGCACCUGCCCUUCACUGCCUCCCCCCUGCACCUGGAUGAGCUCUGCAUCCCUGAUGCCCUCGACUUGGGCUUCCUUGUCCACCCCUGA